AUGCUGCGCACCCGGCUCACCGAGGCGCAGUCGCUCCUGAAAUUACGCCCCUGCUGCGGCGAGGGGCCAUGCUACCGCCGCCGCCACCUGCGGUUGCUCGACAAGGUGCCGGGCGACCUGGCGCGCCGCCUCGUCACCGAACUCGCGGGGUGCGAGCGAGGGCUCGGCCGCGAGGAGCUGAUUGCGGUGACGCUCAAGACGGCUGCUCGCGGACGUAUCGGGCUCGCGCGGCAGUCCCUCCGCGAGAUGGACGUGCGCGGGGUGCGGCCGUCUAUCACCGCGCACAAUGCAGUGCUCGACGCCCUCGCGCGCCGCCACCGCUGGUCCGAGUGCCUCUCGCUUCUGACGAUGAUGAAGCAAAAGGGGCCGGCGCCGGACGAGCAGUCGUACGCCGCCGCGAUGCGCGCCUCCGCCGCCGCGCCGCUCGGGGCGCAGCUCGCGCGCCAGCUGCUGCCCGAACUCGACUCGCUCGGCGCCGCCAAACACCCGCCGGCGCGCCUCGCCAUGCCGGCGCGCCCCGUGGGACGCUCGGGCCAUGCGCGCGCUCUGUCCCGCGCCGACGGCUCUGCUCUCACCGGUUCUGCUCUCACCGCGGCGGUUUCUGCGGCGAGCGGGGAGCCGGGGGGCGGACUCGCGCUGCUGGAGGCGGCGCUCGAGGAGACAGGGCUGCCUGCGCGCGGUGGCAUUUUCGUCGGCGCGCUGCGCGGCUGCGCGGCCCAGCCGGGCCGUUGGGAGGAGGCGCUGCUCGAGAUUUUGCACGAGAUUCACGAGAUGACACGAGAUUUGACACGAGGCGCUGGCCGUGUGCGGCCACCUUGA